GGCCCCGGCUGUCUAGGGAGAGAUGAGGGGGUAGAAAGGGGGCCCUCGGCUGUCGGGGGGCGUUCUCCAACUGACGAUCCUCCUUCCGCUUUCCCACAACCUAUUGCCGGUGAGGCGGGCCCGCUGCUUACCCCUCGAUCGCCAGCUCUGGCUUUCCCCUCACUAGCUACCCCUCUUCGCUCGAUCUUCAGCUCUCACCUCACCUUACGGCCCGCUGCUCGCAACUCGACCCUCCGGUCUCGCCUCUUCUCUAAAUCCUCGGCCUCUCGUUUGACGACUACUGGACGAUUACCAGAAACGACCAACCUUCCGGAACCCGUGUUCAGACGUCACACUGGGAGGCGGGACACAGGCGGCGACGUCAUGCGUGAUUCAGGGAGCGAACAGAAGCCUGUCGGGUGGGGGAGGGGCGGAGGGCGGCGCCGACACGUAUUCUAAUUAAGGCUGCGCGUGGUGGGGCAACGUUUUCAAAUACGUAAACACUCCGGCGAUGUAAAAGGAUGGCAGGUUGAGGAGGUCCCAUCAGGAGCACCGGAUACAGUAGAAACCCCAACAGGUUCUCAGGUCCCAGCUCUGGUCCCGAUUUGCACGAACUCUUCACCAACAGCCAUGAUCGUCACCCAUCAGAACGUGUCACACAGCCUGGAUCCAACGGAAACAGUGAGUGGCGCUCCACGGAACUGGAAGGGCAUCGGGAUUGCAGUGCUGGUCAUCAGCGUCAUCCUGUCUCUGGUUAUCCUCUCCAUCAGCCUCCUGACUCCAGAAGAUGAAUCUCCAGAUCCCAGACCAAGACUCACGCUGGAUGAUAUCUGGGCUCCUAAGUUCCAGAUCCACGACCCUGAGGUGAAGUGGAUUAAUGGUGAUACAGUGAUAAUGCGAACACCUGAGGGACAUGUGAUCAAACAGAGCAUGACAACGAGGGAGAUCACUUUGCUGUUGGAGAACAGAAUCUUUGUUUCCCUCGAAGCUACAAAGUACAAGGUGUCUCCCAACCUGCUGUACAUUCUACUGGCCUCCAAUGUCACAGAGGUUUACCGCUACUCCUACACUGCCACUUACUCCAUCUGCUGUGUUCAGACCAAGUCCUGCUCUGAGCUCCGUGUACCGGGGGUGGGAGGAGCCCAGCUGCAGUUCGCCGGCUGGGGAGCACGAGGGAGCCAACUGGUUUAUAUCUUUGAGAAUAAUAUUUACUACCAGCAGUCACAGACCAGUGUUGCUCAGCGCCUGACUUCCUCGGGGACUGAGGGUGUUGUUUACAACGGGAUUGCUGACUGGUUGUAUGAGGAGGAGGUGCUGGGGACUUCGGCUGCCCACUGGUGCUCUCCUGAUGGUGCAUGGCUCACCUUUGCCCAGAUUAAUGACACGCUGGUGCCCAAAAUGGAGAUACCUCGCUACCUGGGCCAACUGUAUCCCCGUGCUAAAAUUUACCCCUACCCUAAGAUGAGACAACCCCUUCCGUCUGUCAGUCUCUUUCUGGUGAAGCUGUAUGGAUCAGCACACACCCUGCAGAUUCUUCCUCCGGAGAGCCUCCGGUUCAGUCAGUACUAUGUCACCAUGGUUUCCUGGGUAUCGAACACCAGCCUGGCAGUGCGAUGGUUAAACCGAGCCCAGAACGUUUCCCUCCUCACCAGGUGUGAGGUGACCACAGGGGCUUGUGUGGAGAAGCACAAGAUAUCAUCAGAUGGCUGGCUGAGUAAACAGGGUGAACAGCUGCUCUUCAGUCCGGAUGGCAGCACCUUCUUCCUCACUGUGCCCACCCAACAAGGGGCUGGUGGGCGGUUCUGGCACUUGGCCAGGUUCACGGCCAGGGCUCAGCAUACUGGUGAGGAAUCUCAUUUCAUCACUUCUGGGAGUUUUGAUGUGACUUCGCUCUUUGCCUACGAUGAGAGAUCACAGAGAAUUUAUUUCGAAAGCAGUGAGGAGGCUCCAACGACCAGGCACCUAUACAGUGCCAGUCUGAGUGGCUCCCUCCACAGACAGUGUCUCACCUGUGGCCUCCUUCCAGACUGUACCUGGCCUCGUGUCCAGCUCAGCCCGGGUCUCAGCCACUUCCUGCUGAGCUGUUACGGCUCUGGGGUUCCAACACAUUCUGUCCAUCGAGUUGCAGACCCCAGGGAUUUUUUCCUGCUGACUGAUAACCAGGACUUGAGGGAGGCUGUGAAGAACAGGCAAAUGCCCCUCACCAAGCUCCACACCCUGGCAGGCGGGACCAGGAUCCGAGCGGACAGUGUCUCAAGGAGCGGAUCCAGCUGGACUGGGGGACUCUCCUGAAGAUGGAGCUUGUGGACCGGACAAGAGUCGGUGUCUAUGGGAAGGUGGGAGCGUCCUGGGUGGUCAGCAACCCAGUCUCACCCCACAUCAACCCCACCAUUUCCCCUCCACCUGACCCUGUCUGACCCUACAUUGCACACUAAGCCAACCCGACACAAGCCUCUGGGCCCUGAGAGUUCAUGCAUCCUCUGCAAAUGGAUCCUCCACUGACCAACAGUCACAAUCAGCAACACCUCCGCCACGAUUAUUCUUAACCCUGGUACUCCACAGGGUUGUGUCCUCAGCCCCCUCCUAAACUCCCUAUACCCUCAUGUCUGUGUGACCAGGUCCUGCUCCAACUCCAUCAACAAGUUUGCAGUUGAUAAGACUGUAACAGGUUGUAUCUCAAAUAACGCUGAGUCAGUAAGGAGACAGAGUUUACUGACAUUACAUCAUGACAAUAACCUUCCUCUCAAUGUCAACAAACGAGCUGACUUCAGGAAAGGGACAAGUCCACAUGCUCUUGUCUACAUCAACAAGUGUUGAAGCCGAGAGCUUCGCGUUCCUAGGAGUGAACAUCACCAACAAUCUGUCCUGGUCCAGCCGAGAAAGCUCACCACCAUCUCUGUUUCCUCAGGAGACUAAAGAAAUUUGGUACGUCCCCAUUGACCCUCACUAAUUUUUAUCGCUACAGCACAGAGAGUAUCCUAUCAAGAUGCAUCACAGUUUGGUGUGACAACUGCUCUGCCCAUGACCACAAGGAACUUCAGAGUGUUGUGGACACAGCUCAGCACAUCAUGGAAACCAGCCUCCCCUCCAUGGACUCUGUCCACACUUCUCACUGUCUCAGUGAAGCAGACAGAAUAAUCAAAGACCCCACCCACCCUGGACAUUCUCCUCUCCCCCAUCCCAUCGGGUGGAAGAUACAAAAGCCUGAAAGCACGUUCCACUAGGCUCAGGGACAGAUUCUACCCCGCUGUUAUCAGACUAUUGAAUGGUUCCCUAGUAUGAUAAGAUUGACUCUUGAUCUCACAAUCUACCUGAUUAUGACCUUGCACUUUAUUGUUUACUUGCACUGUACUUUCUCUGUAACUGUGACACUUUAUUCUGCAUUCUGUUUUUGUUUUACCUUGUUCUACCUCAAUGCACUGUGUGAUGAUCUGAUCUGUGUGAAGAGUGUGGAAGGCAAGCUUUCCACUGUAUCUCAGUACGUGUGACAGUAAUAAACCAAUUCCAGUACUUGUCCCAUCAUCAGCCCGUCUGACCACACAUCAAACCAUUAACCCCCUGACUCCACACUAAUCCCACCUGACCCAAUAUUAACCCUGUCUGACCCUGCCCUUACACUACACUGACCCACUUACCAAGACAUUGGAGCAGAAUUAGGCCAUUCAGCCCAUCAUGUCUUCUCCACCAUUCCAUCGUGGUUGAUUUAUUAUCUCUCUCAACCAUCUUCUCCUGCCUUCUCCCCAUAACCUUUAUUGCCCUGAAUAAUCAAAAACCUAUCAAUCUUUGCUUUAAAUCUACCCAAUGACUUGGCCUCCACAGAUUCACCACCCUCUGGCUAAAGAAAUUCUUCCUCACCUCUGUUCAAAAUGGACAUCCUCUAUUCUGAGACAGUGCUCUCUGGUCCUAGCCUUCCCUACUAUGGAAAAUAUCUUCUCUACACCCAUUCUGUCUUGGUCUUUCAAUAUUCAAAAGGUUUCAAUGAGAUCCCUUCCCCUCCCUCCCCUUCUGUAUCACCAACUCAACCCUCAAGUUAACCUUUCAGGAAUCCUGCACAAGAACCCCCAAGACCCUUUGCACCUCUGAUUUUCACACCCCUACUCACUGUUAUUCUGAUUGACAUAGACCCUAGAUGGAACCUGCAUUGACCCUCAGUGACCUCACAUGAUUCUGCCCUGAUGAUCAUGGUUGUUCAGACCUUGACCCCACCCUGACCCUUGCACUCACUGUGACCUUUGCCUUGACUUGACCCUGCAGUGACCCCUGAACUUGCUCCAGCUCUGAGCUCAUUCUCCUUCUCCCUGUUGAUAUUGCAGGGGUUUGGGGGUUUCCUGGCACUGAAGGUCCUAGGCCUCACAGACGGGUUGGUUCAGUGUGGAGUCGCUGUAUCUCCCAUCACAGACUUCAGGCUGCAGGCUGCCACAUUCUCCGAGAGGUACCUGGGUUUGUCAGCGCGAC